AUUUCCGCCAAGGUUCCCGUGAAAGAUUUUAUGCUGAAAUCCACAGCCGGAAGUGUAGUAUUUUUGUACCAUACAUUGAUGAUAUGGAUAAAUCCAGGAGCGCCACAGAAACCCAACAGACGCGCAGUUGCUAUACUGCCGGUAUCAAGACGAUGGAGAACCAACACUUUAUCGGAAAUGGUCCCGGAGAGCUUUUACGCAUCGCAAAUCGUGGAGCGUCUCUACAGAUUACAGUGUUUGAGAACAUUUAGAGGGUUCCAGCUCUGUGGACUGUGGGUUACAAUGAAGUACGGACCGGUGGUUCUUACGGCUGGGUUUACUGGGUUGCUCAGCUUCAGCCUCCUGGCUGUGGCAAUAGGGACUGAAUACUGGUACAUUAUCGAUGUAAAUAAACAAAACUACACCGGUUCGGAUGACCUGAGUUCACAUUCUGGAUUGUGGAGAAUUUAUGAAGGAGCAAAUCGGAUUUCAGUCAUCCCCUCGUUCACAGCAAAUAUGUCCAGUCUGUCAGUGGGAGAAAGGCAUCUACUUAGUUUGCACAGAGUGGUGGUCAUCAUGCUUCCCAUUAGCCUGGUUCUGCUGGUGUUGGGCUGGAUCUUUGGAAUCGUUAGUUCUUUGGCCGGCAGUCCCAAGCUGCUAGCUGCAACAGCAUCCUACUUUCUCCUCUGCACAUCUCUGCUGACUUGCCCAGCUCCCCACCCAUGUCAUGCAGAGGUGACAGCAAUUUCAUGCUUUGCAUCAAAUGUUCUGCACAUAUCUCAAUAUCAAAAGAUCUGUAACCACUGAGCCCCGCGCUGUCAAAAUGGAUGGAUAAUGGAUUGUAUUGUUUGUCUCUGCUUUUAUCCAUCUUAUUUAAUGCAUUAGUAUCUUUUUAUUUGAUAUUGUAGUAUCAGAGAUUUGGGUUUUGUGCAUUAGGUUGUAAUACAGCUCUUAUAACUCACAUCCUGCCCUCUUAUACUGAUGAAUCCAUGUUUUCAGAUUUUAGACAGGCUUCUGUGUAUAUGAGACUUAGCAGAGCUGUUUUUUCCCAUAUUGACAUUAUGAGUCAAUUCUUUGACUAUGUAACUCAAGGUUGUUUCACAAAGAUGUCUUUAAGUUGUUAAAUGAUUGGUAUUUUAAAUGGUGU